AAAUAAACAGCAAGAAAAAGAACACGCCAAGCUGGGGGCAGGGAGGAAGCAUGUCGCUCGUGGAUUACGACGCCUCCUCUUCAGAAGGAGAGGAAGAGAUCGGAGAAGAUGACGAAGAGCGAGAGAAGAAGCGAGUUGAGUCCGGUGAUCCGCCCUUCGCUCCACCACCACCUCCGCCGCCAUCCCAGGACGAGUACUCAGUCGCUUCUCGGUUCCUUUUUUUCCUCUUAAGGAGUUUCAGGCCUUCAUCAUCUCAACAUUCAAAUGUUGCCUCUCCUCUGCCUCCACCCUCACUAGAAAAACUACCGGAUGUCUCACAUCUUCUUGCUUCACCGCCCGUGCCAUCUAACCAAAUGAUUGGUACUGAUCACUCAUCUAGAGUUGCAGCUGCUAUGGCAGAAAGUGCAUCAAGGAAACGGGAAUCAAAUGGAUCAGCUUUCCCUUUUCCACGAAGUAAACUUCCUAGAGGACAAUUACUGCAUUCAAGAAAUAUUCCUGAUACAUCAGGUGGCCAGUUAAUUCCACCACAGCUGCAUGGAAGGAGUAAUGUGGUUACUGAAGAUAUAAGCAAGCUUUUCGUGAAUAGGCACCCUGAAUCUUCCCACCAGUAACCAGGCAACAUUCUGUAUGUAGUCAUCUGGUAAGAUUAUCAAUAGAAAUGGAUGUAAAAAGAUGUAUGAACAUGUUAUUGUGUGUGAACUCUGGAUCUUUCAGAAUGUCAAGAUUGUAACACGGAUUAGAUUUAUCCCUUUACGCUUUGGAUCUUUCAGGAUUCCGAGUCAAAAUAGCAGAUUAGAUUGAUCCUUUGAA